GGAGGCGACCUCUCAUCACAGUUCGUCCCUUUAGUUUCGCUUUGAAAAAUUGGACCGCGCAAAACGAAGCAGCAGCCAAUACAGCAUGUCUAUUGCGUAUUUAAGUCUCCUGAUGUUGAUGCUGACUCCGCUUUUGGCGAACGCAAGGUCCGUAGCCUCAACUGAAACUGCCCCCAGAGAGCCAAGGCAAUUGGUGAUGCCUACCUAUUACACACCCUGGGUCCCGCAACCAGAUUACGGAUAUCACCACUAUGGUUACGGACAAUAUCCUUUCCGAUCGCCAUUUGGACACCAAUUUGACGACAGAGUUGAUGAGCGAUUUGGAUUCGCUCUUCUUUCCUGGCUCUUCGGUGGUGGUAACAAUGGCGGCGAGGGCGGAGAGGGUGGUGAAGGCGGUGAGGGCGGAGAGGGCGGAGAGGGCGGAGAGGGCGGAGAGGGCGGAGAGGGCGGAGAGGGUGGAGAGGGCGGAGAGGGUGGUGAAGGCGGUGAGGGCAGUGGUAUCCGGUAUCCACUAUGGAACCUUCGUCCACUAGGUUAUUUGCAACAACCGUUUACAUGGCCGAUGGCUUCAUUGCUCGGUUAG